GUACAGUUGACUUGUUCAGGAGAACAUCCUUCUUACGUUGAAUGUUUUAAUAAAUCUGUCUAGCUGAGUGAUUUGAAAAUCUGUACUUUCUUUCCGUGGAGACGUAUUUGAUUCUCGGACACAAGGCAAUUCCAUGAUGAAGAUCGAACUUCAAAUGCCAAAAUCAUUCGGUACAACCAUCCCGAGAUAAAUAUGCACGCCACGGCUCAAAUUCAGGCACAAUCAACGUAACAGUGGUGCGCUUCUCUCCGUUCCCUGUUCCUGUGGACGGAGAAAUAUAUAAAUCUGCCAUCCCCCGCAGUCCCCGCAUACCAUCACUUGGCAUUUCUUGGGUCUGGGCUCGGGCUAAAGCCUACCGGUGACGCCUUCUAAUUUAAUCUUGUAUAAAUAGAAAAAUGAUUUCGUUUGUCUUUUGCGUUUCAUCUUUGUCAUGGUCCAGUGAUUUUGAGGGUCUCUCAAGAUGUUGUUUUCGCAUCUUUUCACAGCGGCCCUGCUCGGUGCAGCCACAACUUCGGCUAAAUAUAUCGUUCCAGGUGCAAGAUGGAGAGAUACGAAUGGAGAUCUUGUCAAUGCACAUGCUGGUGGCGUGACUGUCGAUAAGAAUGGUACAUUCUGGUGGUUUGGCGAAUACAAGAUUCAAGGACAGGAAGAAGGUGGUGGUGUUUCCGUGUACAGUUCUGAAGAUUUAGCAACGUGGACGCAUCAUGGGUUUGCUCUCGAACCAAUUGAGGGCCAUCCAUAUAUCGACCCAAGCGCCAUUAUCCAACGCCCAAAAGUCGUCUACAGUGAAGCAUUAGAGCAAUAUCACAUGUGGUGGCACGCCGACAACUCCACCUACGGACUCCUUCUCCAAGGUCUCGCCACCUCAAAAACCAUUGGCGGCCCAUACACUUUCGUGAACGCAACAAGGCCCCUCGGAAACUGGUCACAAGAUUUCGGUAUUUUCACUGACUACAAAGAUGGCCGCUCUUAUUCUCUCUAUUCAAACGGUGAUCGUAAAGAAGGUCGCGAUGUGUAUUUGACGAGCUUCAAUGAAGAUAUUACGGAUUUGGACGAGGUGGUCCAUCGUUUUGAUAAAUAUGAUUUGGAGGCCCCAACGAUCAUUCAGACGGAGAAAAGUUAUUAUGCUCUGAUGAGCCAUAAAACAGGAUAUAGACCUAAUAAUGUCGUUGCUUUCCGGGCGGAUUCACUUGCCGGUCCUUGGUCCCAACCAUUUAUUGUCUCGCCAUUGAACACUAGAACGUACAAUUCUCAAUCAGGCUUCUCCUUGAGAAUCAAGGGAACAAAAAAGACGACAUACUUGUACCUCGGUGAUCAGUGGGAUUCCAACUCUCUCUGGGAAAGCAGAUAUAUCUGGCUCCCCAUCGAAAUUGAUGAUCGAAAGAAGACUCUCGAUGUCGUGUGGCAUGAUGUCUAUGAUUUGAACGUCAAAACCGGAGAAUACAAAGCCAUCGAGGGAAAGACAUACUACGGCAAAGACGCCACAGUAGCAGGAAAUGCUUUCAAGCAAGAAGCUAACUUCGCAAGUGGUGGCGUGAUCGUCACUGGCAUCUAUGGCAAUGACAGCAGCGUCACAUUCGAAGGCAUCGAAGGAACGGGCAAACCACAAUGGGUAUCCUUCUACUACCAAAAUACUGACGAUAUGGGAUUCGGAGACCAACCUGGCGGCACACCCGACCGCAUCGGCGGUACCUGGCAACUCCGCCGCAUCUCCAGCGUUGUAGUCAACAACGACAUUUCCACCGUACACACCCUCUUCCAGCGCGACACCCACAAAGGCAUUAUCCUAUCUACACCUCUGCAACUCACGCUUGAGAAAGGAAGAAAAAAUACUAUCACAGUGAGAGGGCUGUUCAAUGGCUUUGAUUAUAAGGGUGCGGACUUGGACAGGAUUGUGGUGUAUCCGCCUGAGAAGUAGAUGGCGUGAGGAGGGAAAAGGGUGCCCAGGGGAGAAGGGAAAGAUUGAAGAUAGGAAGGAGAUAGAUAAAUAGCCACUCUGAUGAUUAUAUUGAGCUGAGUGAAGAACUUCAAGAAUUAUGGAAUGUACUUCGAAUAGAUCAGCGAGGUUUACAUUUCUGCAUAUGAACACCUCCUGAGGUUUGAAGUUUGAG